AUGUUAUUUAGUAUGAUUGUUGUGGAGCAAAAGUCAAAUGAACCUGGACCAAGAUGCUCGCACGCUAUAGCAAUGGUUGGAGACAAAAUGUACUCUUUUGGAGGAGAGUUAACGCCAAAUUUCCACAUCGAUCAACAUUUAUACGUCUUCGAUUUAAAGACUCACACAUGGUCACUUGCUCCUCCUAAUGACGACUUUCCUGACCUCCCUUGCUUAGGCGUUUGCAUGGUGGCCAUCGGCACUAACCUCUACGUCUUUGGUGGUGGUGAUGGCCACCGUAAUUACAGCGGUUUCUACUCUUACGACACAGUUAAAAGCGAGUGGAAACUCAUAACUCACGUUGAUAAAGGACCAGCACCCCGUAGCUUCCACGGAAUGGCUACUGAUAACAAGAAUGUCUAUGUCUUUGGUGGAGUGAGUACUACAGCACGGGUCAAUACACUUCAUGCUUAUAGCAUUGUUGAUCAAAAAUGGAUUCAGCUUCCGAAUCCUGGAGAGUUUUGCAAAGUGAGAGGAGGACCAAGGCUCGCAGUUGUGCACGGAAAGAUUUGGGUUGUGUAUGGAUUUAACGGGGAUGAACUGGAUGAUGUUCAUUGCUAUGACUCUGUUGAAGGUAAGUGGACUAAAGUGGAAACAAUUGGUGAAAAGCCAUGGGGGAGGAGCGUAUUUUCGAUAGCAGUUUUGGGGAAAUAUAUUGUUAUAUCUGGAGGUGAGGUUGAUAUGGACCCAAAGGCUCAUUUGGGACCGGGGAAAUUGACCAGUGGGACUUUCGUGUUGAACACGGAAAAUUUGACGUGGGAGAAGCUGGAAGAAGGUCAAAAACAAAACUUUAUAAGGCACAUAUAUCUGGUAACUGCUUCAUUGAGCUUAUCGGCACAUAUAUCUCUGCAUCAUAUUAGCAUGCUUUUGUCUUCACAAGGCAAUUAGCAAUGAUUCUGCGUGAAGCGCUUAACACCAAAACAAAACUUUGUAUAUCUAGUUUUUAUGACUUUUGAUUGCUAAUAAUAAUCCGUUUGGUUUCUCCAGUGUUAUUGUGGGAGAGAACUCAACCGUCUUUGGGAAAACGCACCAAGCAGUGACGGGGAAGAUGAUGAAAAUAGGAUUGAAAAGGGU